AUGAAAAUGAUUAGCUGGAACUGCCGUGGUCUUGGGACACCACGAGCAGUUGGAGCUUUGCGAAAGCUCAUAACAAUGGAACGUCCCGACCUUGUCUUCCUCAUGGAGACAAGGAAAAAAGCUUUCGAGAUUCAGAAAACGAAGAUGCCAAGUGGACUGGUUCACUCAAUAGGAGUGGACUGUAAUGGAGAAGGUAAAUCUAGGGGAGGUGGCUUGGCAUGUUAUUGGAGCAGCUCCCUAGAUGUGAACAUUAUUUCCUUGUCCUCAAACCACAUACAAAUGGAGGUCACAACAACAAUUAUAGACAGCAAGAUGGUAGUAACAGGGAUUUAUGGUCACCCGGAAGCACCCCAAAAGUGGAGAACGUGGGAGCUGAUUAAAAAGCUCACCCCGGAUCCAGAAGUACCAUGGUUAUGCCUAGGUGAUUUCAAUGAAGUGUUAAAAAGCAGUGAGAAAACAGGAGGGAAUCCAAUAAAUUUUGUAGGGGCUCAAGCUUUCCAGGAAGCUAUGGAUUUUUGUGGCUUGAGAGACAUGGGGUUCAGUGGUUUCCAAUUCACCUGGUCAAACAUGAGGCCUACCCCUAAUACUAUCCAGGAGAGGCUCGAUAGAGCCUUGGUUAAUGAAUGUUGGACUGAGCACUGGCCACAUACACACGUAAGCCACCUAGACAGAUUCAAUUCAGACCAUAACCCAAUAUAUGUCAUCUUCUCGAAAGCUAAGAGACAAAAGAAGAAGAAGAUAAGGUUAUAUAGGUUUGAGGAAAUGUGGUUACAGGAGGAGGAUUGCAGACACGUGAUCCAUCAUUCAUGGCCGAGAGGAGGAAGAAAUAUAACCUCAAAACUGGGAAAUGUGGGAGCAAACUUAACAGAAUGGGCUGAAGCUACCUUUGGCAACAUACAAAAAAGAAUCAAAUCCCAACUGGGCAUCAUAAAGAGGAUCCAAGCAGCUGAACAAACUGAAGAAAAUCUGAAAAAAGGAAAGGAGGCGGAAAAGGAACUAGAGAAUCUCCUUAAACUGUAG